UGCGUAGAUCCGGGCAAGGGGGCUUCCGCGUCGCGGCUUCCGCCUACCCCGCGGGUCGCUCUUCGCUCUUCUCCCAGCUCCCGUCGCCUUUUUUUUUUUUUUUUUUUUUUUUAACUUGGCUGUGACGUAUUGAGAAAGCCGACGGAAGUACAACUGAAGGCGUUCUGAAAUGGCGAACCGGACGGUGAAGGAUGCUCACAGCAUCCACGGCACCAACCCUCAGUAUCUAGUGGAGAAGAUCAUCCGGACGCGAAUCUACGAGUCCAAGUACUGGAAGGAAGAAUGUUUCGGACUCACCGCUGAACUUGUAGUUGACAAAGCCAUGGAAUUGAGGUUCGUGGGCGGUGUGUAUGGAGGAAACAUCAAGCCAACUCCUUUUCUGUGUUUAACUUUGAAGAUGCUUCAAAUUCAGCCUGAGAAGGAUAUCAUUGUUGAGUUCAUAAAAAAUGAAGAUUUCAAGUAUGUCCGGAUGUUGGGGGCACUUUACAUGAGGCUGACAGGAACUGCAAUUGAUUGCUACAAGUACUUGGAGCCUUUGUACAAUGAUUACCGGAAAAUCAAGAGCCAGAACAGAAAUGGAGAGUUUGAACUGAUGCAUGUGGAUGAGUUCAUUGAUGACCUACUGCACAGUGAGAGAGUCUGUGAUAUCAUUUUGCCACGGCUGCAGAAACGUUAUGUGCUAGAGGAAGCCGAGCAACUGGAGCCUCGAGUUAGUGCUCUGGAAGAGGACAUGGAUGACGUGGAGUCUAGUGAAGAGGAGGAAGAGGAGGAUGAGAAGCUGGAGCGAGUGCCCUCACCUGACCACCGACGGAGAAGCUACCGAGAUUUGGACAAGCCACGGCGAUCACCUGCCCUGCGGUAUAGGAGAAGCCGGAGUCGCUCUCCCAGAAGGCGGAGUAGAUCCCCUAAAAGAAGAAGCCCUUCUCCCCGCCGAGAAAGGCACAGGAGCAAGAGUCCACGGCGCCAUCGAAGCAGGUCCAGAGACAGACGACACAGAUCGCGCUCUAAGUCCCCAGGUCACCACCGUAGCCACAGACAUAGGAGCCACUCAAAGUCUCCGGAAAGGUCUAAGAAAAGUCACAAGAAGAGCCGGAGAGGAAACGAGUAAUGGAUUCAUUUUGACUUUAGUCCAAAUGGCGUCCUGUGAAUAUGAGAGCAUCUGUUUAAGUGGAAUGCUCAAGAUCUCCUCUCAGGCAGCUGUGAAUAUUUUGGAUUUUUCAAAAUCAAGUUCUUGUUUGGUUGUCCUUUGUUUUUAUUUUCAUAUUACAGAGGUGCUAAGUUUUGUAUCUCUUUGAAUUAUUAUCAACAUCUUUAAAGGGUGUUUUGACCAAAUGAAGGUCAGGUUUUGACCUAACAACUAUGGCUAUUCAAACUUAAUAAGGGUCGAGAGGACCUGGGAGUUGGUGAGAUUCUUGAAAAGAUGUAGCCACUUGGUGAUCCUUUUCUUGUUUGUAAUUAAACCAGACACAGUUGUCAUUUUCCUCUA